AUGAAUGCAUCGAAGAAGGCCGCGGGUGUUUCAAUACCUCAAGAAAUUGUGUUCGAGAUCCUCUCCAAGCUUUCUGCUAAAACUCUAGUACGAUUAAGGUGCGUUUCAAAACCCUUUUGCGCUCUCAUAGCUGACCAUGGCUUUGGCGUUGUGCAUCGCAGCUUGUCCUUGACCCUUCCCAGUAGGGCGGGCGUUCUUAUCUCUAUCGGGUCUCAAUCACCGCACGCCCGCCGUCCCAGUGCAUAUUACACGCUAAAUUUCAGCCCCGGCCGCCGCCCGGGAAUGCUCCAGGCCAACCGUGUAGGCUACCUGGACGCCCAAUCCUUUCUAUGCUCCUCCUCCUCCGACGGCCUCAUUAUUUGUGUGUCCAGACCCAAUGGAGACUUCGCUGUUUGCAACGUUAGUACGGGACAGCGUAUUUUCCUUCCAACACUAAUCCAAUACCAAAACUGUGCACUGCAUUUGGGGUACGAUUCCCAAUCUAAAAGAUACAAAGUUCUGAUGUCAGUCUUAAUCAGGAGCCCGAUGAGGAGUAGGGGCAUCUGCUUCGAGUAUAAGCAUUGGGUUUUUACUGUGGGCGUGGAUAAAUCAUGGAGGGAGAUCAACAACUAUUGUUCCAGUCCCUUCUACCCCUUUGUUGGUUAUCGCUACCCUUACUAUUCCAAUACUAGUGUUUACAUUGACGGUGUUAUCUAUUCCUAUAAUUCGUUGAGUGAAAAUAACAUGGUUCCUAGAUACCAUAUAGUAGCAUUUGAAGUUGGGUGUGAGAGUUUUUCUAUGAUAACUUUGCCAGAUAAAGUUUCACCGCCGCAUUAUUUUCUUAAAAACUCUGCAUUGCUAGAAGUUGAAGGUCAACUGGCUAUUGUUCUUGUUCGUCUUCCUGAACUAGGAGAAGGAGAUGGGCUAUGCUACAUUUGGACUUGGGAGAAAUCUAAGGAAGACUGGGAAGAGAUUACUAUGACCAUUCCAUUGAAAUGGGAUAGAAUGAAUAUUAAAUAUGCUAGAUUGUUACGAUUUGCUACAAAUUAUGAUGGGGAGAUUGUGUUGUUAUGUAUAUAUGCUGAGAAAUUCUUUAUUUUGGUUUGUAACUUGAAAAGUGAGGCUUGGAGAAAAUUUGAUGUAAGUGGAGUUGAAGACUUUCCAAUUUUUGACUCUUCGGAAGUUACCUUGCACAAUGUUGUGGACCAUGUGUUUCCCUUGGAGUAA